ACUUUCAAUUUCGUCACUGCAAGCAUUCUGACGCUUACGAUUCUCUAUCGCCAAACAUUAAUUAAGUCAUUUUGAUGACUGAAGAAGCUGCCGUUUCUCAGUGUGAAACACAGUCGACACAGCAACAGAUCCAGCCAAGCUGUUGCAGCAUCCUAGGAGCUCUACUUCAAUUUUGUGGAUUAUGCUGUUAUGUUGGAUGUCCGCCAUUUCCCGGAUGUAUAGCGCGUAAGCUUGCGUUCCAUCCACCCAAAAAAGGUGCUUCAUACAGUGUGAAUCGGGUCGAUGAUCCAGAAAAGGAAAUUCAUGGAGCAGAUGAGCUAGUCGAUAAAGAAUUCGUCAUAACGCCCAUAGCGAUAGAGAUGACAACAGCCUAUGAUUAUGAACGGCUACUGAACCGAGUCAAGCCCUUCGUCGUUCGUACAAGCAAUGGCCAUCAUUUGAUAGCAGUGAAAUGUUGGCCAAGUCGUCCUUCUUUCAGUCCUUGUAUGAAACAACAGGUAAUAAUUUUCACACAGCCGAAUUCAUCCGAUCUUGGCAGUUUUUUGCAACCGCGCUAUGUCAAUCUUCCGCAAUUGGCAGAAAUUUUCGAAAUGGAUGUUUACAGUUUUGAUUACUCAGGUUAUGGAUAUUCCACUGGCGCUACUUCCGAACAAAGCAUUUACGCCGAUAUUCGCGCCGUUUACGAGCAUGUGCAUAAGACCAGACCUAGCAAAAAGAUUGUGUUGCUGGGCUAUAGCAUCGGGACAACCGCAGUCGUCGAUUUGGCUGCAACACAUCCUGGAGGCCUUGCUGGUGUAGUACUGGUUGCACCAUUCACAAGCGGAUUGCGACUAUUGGGUAACCAACCAAAACGGGAGAAGACUCACUUUUUCGACAAAUUUGUUUCUUGCGAUAAAGUGGCAGAAAUCGAUGUACCUGUGUUGAUCUGCCAUGGAGCACGAGACACAGUCGUUCCAUCAGAGCAUGGAGUUGAGCUGCAUGAAAAGCUCAAAAAACCUGUAACGCCUUUGAUUGUGCAUGGAGCCGAUCACCAGUCUAUUCUCAAUGGUGCCUAUCCACAAACCUUUUGUAGAAUUCAUAGAUUUUUAAAGACAGAAACUGAAGUGGAUCGCAGAGAAGAACCGCACAAAGGUUUCGUGAUGUUUUAAGGUUUAUUGCUUAACAAUUAGCUCUAUGUACUAUACAAUUAAUAAAAAGGAUUAGUUGC